AUGGCUGAAUACAACGAAGUUUUGAAGGGCUUCAAUGGCAUUCUCGACCUGAGACAGGCCUAUGCCUGGAAUGCGGAUUCCAUAAUGAAAUUUCUGCGCCACGUUGUCACGUAUGGAUAUCUCUAUGAUAUCCAAGACCACCAAAUUCCAGCUCUCAGAGCCAUGGUGUCUCAAAUUGAGAUGCUACGCCCGGCAGACGGUAACCUGUUUGCCUCACGCGGCCUCGAGCAAAGUCUCGAAAUGGAGCAUGUGUUCAACCCCGGCUGGGACCCAUCGAUCUCGAAAAAGAUAAAAGUUGCCUCAAGAUGA